AUGAAUUCUUCACUCUUCCUGACUGCCCUUUGCUUGGGAAUAGCCUCAGCUGCUUCAAAAUUCGAUCAAAGUUUAAAUGCACAAUGGUACCAAUGGAAGGCAACACACAAGAGAUUAUAUGGCAUGAAUGAAGAAGGAUGGAGGAGAGCAGUGUGGGAGAAGAAUAUAAAAAUGAUUGAACUGCAUAACCGAGAAUAUAGCCAAGGGAAACAUGGCUUCACAAUGGCAAUGAAUGCUUUUGGUGACAUGACCAAUGAAGAAUUCAAGCAGCUGAUGAAUGGUUUUCAAAACCAGAAGCACAAGAAAGGGAAAGUGUUCCAAGAACCUGUAUUUGCUGAGAUCCCCAAAUCUGUGGAUUGGAGAGAGAAAGGCUAUGUAACUCCUGUGAAGAAUCAGGGUCAGUGUGGUUCUUGUUGGGCUUUUAGUGCAACUGGUGCUCUUGAAGGACAGAUGUUCCGGAAAACUGGCCAACUUGUUUCAUUGAGUGAGCAGAACCUGGUGGACUGCUCUCAGCCUCAAGGCAAUGAGGGCUGCAAUGGUGGCCUAAUGGAUAAUGCCUUCCAGUAUGUUAAGGAAAAUGGAGGCCUGGACACAGAGGAGUCUUAUCCGUAUCUUGGAAGGGACUCAGAGCCCUGUAACUACAAGCCUGAGUGUUCUGCUGCCAAUGACACCGGCUUUGUGGACAUCCCUCAGCGGGAGAAGGCCCUGAUGAAGGCAGUGGCAACUGUGGGGCCCAUCUCUGUUGCUAUUGAUGCAGGCCAUCAGUCGUUCCAGUUCUAUAAAUCAGGCAUUUAUUAUGAUCCAGACUGCAGCAGCAAAAACCUGGAUCAUGGUGUUCUUGUAGUUGGCUAUGGCUUUGAAGAAACGGAUUCAAGUAAAAAAUUUUGGAUUGUCAAGAACAGUUGGGGUCCAGAAUGGGGCUGGAGUGGCUAUGUAAAAAUGGCCAAAGACCAGAACAACCACUGUGGAAUUGCUACGGCAGCCAGCUAUCCCACUGUGUAA